UAAAGUUCAACAAGACAACCUCCCUACAUUCCCUCUCCAAACAAAUCCCUACACUCUCUCCACUCUUUCCUCCUUUCACACUCUCUCUCCUCACACUCCCCACUCUCUCUCCUAAACUUCGCCGGAAAAAAUGGCGAACCACCCAAAAGACCCAACAACUCCGGCACCGUCCAUCGGAAAGAUCGGCCCUUACACAGUAUUUCUCACUCCUCCACCAACUCCUAAACCCUCUUCUGAAUCUCCUCCUCAAUCUAUUCCACAAACACCCAAAAAAAUCGCCGUUAAAUCUCCGCCGCCGGUUCAACCUCCUCCGGCGAAUUUUGAACCGGCAUCUGACCGGUUCGCUUUUCUCUGGGAAGCCAUUUCUAAAGUUCAAAAUGUGCAUGCGAGUGUAGAUGAGUAUAUGGCGAAUUGGUUGGGGUUGAAUCAGUCUAAAUAUCAAUGGGCAUUGGAUGAUUAUUAUGAAUCUAAAGGAGGGGAGAAGGGAGAUGUUCUAACAAAAGAAGUUUCAAGCAAGAGACAAACUGUGUAAACAGUGAUGUAUUGCAGGAACCAUAUAUAGAAUGAUGGUUUUGUUACAGCUCCAUUUCAAUUGUAAUAUAUACCAGAAGUCCAGAUGGGAUUGGUGGAAUCAGAAGAGAGAAGAAGAAGGCUUAUGGUUUCAUCCUGCGUCGUGCAAAUGGUGCAUCUUUGAUAAUGUGAUUAAUAUCCGAUGUAAUCUUUAGCGAAAAGUGGUAUCUUUAAUGUUAAAUCCAGUCAGGGUUUUGUAUUCUUUUGGUAUCUUUUGGGUUUACUGUAUCAGUUGUAUCUCCAAGUUACUGCUUUUAUGCUUAAAUCCAAUAUGGAAGUGUUCCCUGGAUGUUUAAAUGUACUA